UACCGUUUUCCCUGCACAUUACUGGGUCAGAAAACAGGUUGUAGAUGGUCUGCAGACCUGUUAAUGUUAAUGUAAUCUUGAAAGAAUAUAGAAAUAGGCCACAUGGACCUUUUUUAUUUUUUGGUGUUGUGUUCUCUGUGUGCAAGUUGUCUGUGUGCGGUCAAAAAAGGCGAGGGUGACGAAUGGGUGCAUCUCCCAAAUAAAUGUGAAGUAUGUAAGUUUGUAAGCAUCGAAAUGAAGUCCGCAUUUGACGAAACUGGGAAGACAAAAGAAGUGAUUGACACCAACUACCGCUUCAUUGACGGCAAGGGGUCAGCACCAAUCAAAUAUGUGAAAUCUGACAUGCGCUUCAUCGAAGUGGUAGAGAAUGUGUGCAAGAGGCUGCUGGAGUACAAUCUGCACAAGGAGAGAACAGGAAGCAACCGCUUUGCCAAGGGGAUGUCCGAGACCUUCUCCACUCUGCAUAACCUGGUCGACAAGGGUGUCAAGGUGGUGAUGGACAUCCCAUACGAGCUGUGGAAUGAGACCAGCGCUGAGGUGUCCGACCUCAAGAAACAGUGUGACGGCAUGGUGGAGAAAUAUGAGGAGGUCAUUGAAGACUGGUACAAGGGAACUCAGGAAGAAGAUCUCACCACUUACCUCUGUGAGAAACACGUUCUCAAGGGACAAGAUCAAGAUUGUCUGCAAGAGAAGUGGAAAAAGAAGGGAGACACAGCCGCCCUGCCGGAGAGGAAGAAGAAAAAGAAGAAGGGAAAGGGAAAGAGCAAGGACAGCGAGGACGGACAGAGCAAGAAGAAGGUGAAGAAGAAAAAGAGCAAGUCCGCGGCAGCGGAUGUUGGGAAGGGCAAAGGGAAGAGCGGCGACAGCUCCAGGAGCGGGAAGAUGGAGAAGAAGGGGUCUCCGCAGAGCGAGAAGACGGAACUCUGAAGUGUCCAGCUUAGGGAGAAGGGGGGACACUACCACUACUGGACGUGACCCCAUGUCUUUGACUGUAUCCUGACUUCAGUGUUACACCAGUGCUUUCCUGGUGUUAUGUGUGUGUGUGUGCGUGUGCGUGUGCGCGUGCGUGCGUGCGUGUGUGUGCAUGUGUGUGUGUGUGCGUGUGU